CUUCCCUGCAGCUGAACUUCAGGGGGAGAAGACUCUCACACCUCGGAGAACCAUCACUGUGUUCUGUGAUUUCAGAUUCUUUUGUUUUUUGUUUGUUUUUGCAUUUGCUCAUUCCUGAGUCUGACCUGAGACUGAUCACCUGUCUGACCUGAGACUCAUCACCUGUCUGAUCUGAGACUCAUCACCUGUCUGGAAGAGAAGAGUGAGAAGAAGAAGAGAGAGAGACACGCAGGGCAGCAUUCACCAGCCAGGGCUUGGCCUGGACCUUCACGACGUGAGGUCAACGGUGAAAGGUCAGGAUGGGGUGUAACAUGUGCAUGGUUCAGAAACCUGAGGAGCAGUACCGCGUCAUGUUCCAGGUCAGCGAUCUUUCUAAACUCUCCCGGGAGCGGGACCUGAGGCGGGGCCAGAGGUGGAAAGUGGGUGUGAUUGGGAGCAGCGGCACGUCCCUAUUGGCUGACUGCGUGGACAGUGGGACGCAGACAGAUAUUAGCUUCCAGCACCUGGUGACGGUGGGCAGGAGUUUCCACCUGCCCCUGGCAUCCCCACCCCUGCCUCCCAUACCCCAGCCCUAUCUGCUGACCCAGCUGUCUCCACUGGAGCACAUAUACUACGACCCAAACGACUACUUUGAUAUCAGUCAGCAUGAGGUGGACAGGCAGGAGGACCUGGAGUAUGAGGAAGUGGAGCUGUGUAAGACCCAGCAGCAGGAGAAGUUGGGCCUGACUGUGUGUUACCGCACAGACGAGGAGGAGGACCUGGGCAUUUAUGUUGGCGAGGUCAACCCCAACAGCAUCGCUGCUAAAGAUGGCCGCAUCAGGGAAGGAGACAGAAUUCUUCAGAUCAACGGUGUUGACGUGCAGGACCGCGAGGAGGCUGUGGCCAUCCUGAGGAGAGAGAACAGCACAAACAUCUCCCUACUGCUGGCGCGGCCUGAGCUGGAGGCGGACGAGUUGGAGCUGGAGCUGGGUGUAGACCUAGAGAGGGGGAAGCAGCAGUCUGCUGGGCCCGGCUGCGGCGUGCGGGGGGUUCCGCUCAGCCACGUCCGGCAAAGCCAGGAUGCCAGCCAGGAGCCAGACAGUGGCGUAGGCCGCACAGAUGAGAGCACGCGUAACGACGAGUCCUCGGAGCAUGACCUGCUGGCCGACGAUGCCACCAGUGCCUGCACCUCCAACGGCACCAAUACGCCAGGCAGCACGCGCAGGUUCCAGGGCAUAGCACACGCCUCACUACCCUGCCGAGAGCUCACCUUCAGCACGGAUUCGCUGCCAGGGCCCAAGGGGGUGGGGUUAGGAGAUACGCCCGCCACAGUGCUCACACAGGAGGAGCUGGACCGCUACCAGGCACUCGUGGAGAUCCAGCGCCUCUACGAGAGGAACGGAAAUGCCCUGCUCCUAUUGGGCGGUGCGGCAGAGGAAGUGGGGCGGGGCAGAGUCACGUCCUUUGCAGAAGAGGUGCAGCUGAUGGAGGAGGAGCUGUGCCACCUUGAGUUCAAGUGGCGCAGCAUCCUCCGUGCCCAGAAGAUGCAGCAGCUUCGUGAGCGCUGCCUGAAGGUCCGCCCUCCGGAGAAGGACGACCGGCAGGAGGGCGGAGCCACAGCCGCACCCCUCCACCGCGAGCUGUCCGACAUCAAUGAGACUCCGGAGAGGGAGCGCUCGGAUAAGGAGAGCACCAGUGCCUACAACACGGGGGGCGAAAGUUGCCGGAGCACGCCGCUCGUUAUGGAACGCCACCCCUCCCCCUCCCGACGUUGGAGCAGGGUCAACGCGCCUCGCGCCCCAGCCCCAGGGUGGAACAGCAAGGAGGCGGACGAUGGGAAGAGCCCGGGCUUGGCUGGCAAGAUCCACGCGGGCGGGCGGAGGGGUUCGGACAGUGCGCGGAGGAGCCCGCGGCAAAACGGGGCGCCCCCUGCCGGAGGAGCUGAAGGUUGCGGGAUCGCUGACCCUGGCCGGUCCCCAGCCCACCGUCGCUGCCCUGAGCUGCUGCCGUGCCACUACAGCUGCCCGCCUCUCCGAGACGAGACCCCAGCAGACGGGACAGAUGGCCUGGGGGCCUCUGCAGCGUCCCCCGGAGCCCUGACUCCGCCCCUGUUCCCCUUCCCCCACGCGGAGUGGAAGGUGAAGGUCCGUGGAGAUGGCUCGCGCUACGUAACCAAGCGUCCCGUGCGGGACCGCCUCCUGAAGGCCCGCGCCAUGAAGAUCAGCGAAGAGCGCGGCGGGACCACCACGGACGACGACGCGGCCAGUGAGAUGAAGAUGGGCCGCUACUGGAGCAGAGAGGAGCGCAAACAGCAGCUGCUGCAUGCCCGUGAGCACCGGCGCCGCCGCGAGGUCAUGCUGCGGGGCCGCCUGGAUGUCCUGCGUGAGCGCGAGCGGGACCAGGACGCUUCCAUCCUGGAGCUCAGCCAGAGGAAGAGCAUGAAGAAACGAAACCAACGCAUCCUGGACAACUGGAUCACCAUCCAGGAGCUUCUGGCUCAUGGGACACGCUCGGCUGACGGGAGGAAAGUGUACAACCCUCUGCUGUCUGUGACCACCGUCUGACGGGCCCGAGGUGGUCCGUGUGACCGCUUAGAGCUGCACAGCAUGACGUUUUGCUGCCAAGGUAGAUGAUGGCUGAGGAGGCAGGGAGUCAGAUUUGAAUAAAAUAGCAAAAAAAAGGAAAACACCACAGAAGCUGAAAGUUGAAAUGUCCAUUAUUCAUAAUCUUACACAUCAGCUUUGAUGUCCGUCGACACAAUCACUUGUCGUGAUGCUAAUUUCAACUUUUAACACUUAAAGUGGAGGCUUUAACCACAGGGACUCUUAAGUAUAUAUCUGUACACAGAGCCUUUAAAAAAAAUAAAAUAAAAUAAAGCACAAUAUUUCUGGUGCCACCUAAUGGCCGUUCUUUAGAUGAAUCAGGAAGUGGUAAACGAUCUUGGACACAAUGGAACCUGGGAUUUGCUUAGGAAUAGCACAAAAGUGUCCAUAAGCUUGACGUGUGUGAAAUGAGCUUCAAUCCAAGUCGGGAAAGAGACACGAGGUUUCUGCUGCGUUCCCAAAAUAACCUUUAGAAAUGUUCAUAUCCGAAAUGGGAGGGGCCACAUAAUGCAGUGUGAAGCCAAUCCUGCCAGGCAUACUAGAGAAUGAGGCAAUGUGGUAAUGACUAUCUCCAAAAAGGAGGACAAGACCACAAACAAUAUUUACAAACAAACAAACAACAAAAACAUGAAUACUUCCUGAAACUUGUGUAAUUUAAGUAAUUAACCAUCUUAAAAAGUCAAGCUAUAAACUCUGAAAUUUCUGAAUGAUUUUCUUCAAAUGCACAAACGUCAUGUGGGGUUUUUUUUCCAUGUAAAAAGUUUGCAUGUUUUGGUCUGAACCAAAUAUCUACUGUGAACCUGUAGACAUGUCUUCUGUUGUAGAUCGCUGUUACUAGACUAGAAAACUAAUAUUCGGUGUGAA